AUGGCGGAGUUCCGGGCGCUCGGGCUGGCGCCGUGGCUGGCGGAGCAGGCGCGGCAGGUCGGGCUCGUCCGGCCCACGCCCGUGCAGGCUGCCUGCAUCCCGGCCGUGCUGCAGGGCCGGGACUGUCUGUGCUGUUCCAAGACGGGCAGCGGUAAAACCGCGGCGUUCGUGCUGCCGGUGCUGCAGGCGCUGGCCGAGGAUCCCUACGGCAUCUUCUGCCUCGUGCUGACCCCCACCAGGGAGCUGGCGUGCCAGAUCGCCGAGCAGUUCCGCGUGCUGGGGAAGCCGCUGGGGCUGAAGGAGAGCGUGGUGGUGGGCGGCCUGGACAUGGUGGCCCAGGCGCUGGAGCUGGCCCGAAAGCCGCACGUGGUGAUCGCCACCCCCGGGCGCCUCGCCGACCACCUGCGCAGCUCCAGCACCUUCAGCCUCAGCAGGAUCAGAUUCCUGGUUCUGGACGAGGCUGACCGGCUGCUGGAGCAGGGCUGUGCGGAUUUCAGCGCGGAUCUGGAGGCGAUCCUGGCGGCGGUGCCGGAGCGCCGGCAGACGCUGCUGUUCAGCGCCACGCUGACGGCCACGCUGAGCGAGCUGCGCGGGCUGGCCGCCAACAGCCCCUUCUUCUGGGAGGCUCCAUCCCAGGUGAGGACGGUGGAGCAGCUGGAGCAGCGGUACGUGCUGGUGCCCGAGGCGGUGAAGGACGCGUACCUGGUGCAGCUGGUGCAGAGCUUCCAGCAGCAGCACGAGGACUGGGCCAUCAUCAUCUUCACCAAAACCUGCAAGGACUGCCAGGUGCUGAACAUGAUGCUGAGGAGGUUCCGCUUCCCCUCGGUGGCUCUGCAUUCCAUGAUGAAGCAGAAGCAGAGAUUUGCAGCUCUGGCCAAGUUCAAGUCCAGCAUUUUCAGGAUCCUCAUCGCCACCGACGUGGCCGCCAGAGGUUUGGACAUUCCCGCCGUGCAGCUCGUCAUCAACCACAACACCCCGGGGCUGCCCAAGAUCUACAUCCACCGCGUGGGGCGGACGGCGCGCGCGGGGCGGAAGGGCCUGGCCAUCACCCUGGUGACGCAGUACGACAUCCACCUGGUGCACGCCAUCGAGGAGGAGAUCAAGCUGAAGCUGGAGGAGUUCCCGGUGGAGGAGCAGCUGGUGCUGGACAUCCUGACCCAAGUGAACGUCGCCAGGAGGGAGUGUGAGAUCGAGCUGGAGGGGAUGGAUUUGGAUGAGAAGAAGGAAAUCAACAAGAGGAAGCAGAUGAUCCUGGAAGGGAAGGACCCGGAGCUGGAGGCGCGGAGGCGAGCGGAGCUGGCCAAGAUCCGGAGGAAGAACAAGGAAUGUCGGGAGAAGGUGCAGCAGAGCCUGGAGAGGAGGAAGCAGCUGCAGCUCAAGAGGAAACUGCAGAAGAGGCUGGAGAGGAGGAGGAGGAAGAUGGAGAAGGAGAAGGAGAAGGAGGAGCAGUGACAUCCCUGGGCCCGGCCUGGGCUGCCCUGGAAUUGCUUUGGGAAAGUUGGGGUUGGACUCUUCCAUGUGUUCAUCGGUGCUGGGGAGAAGGGAGCAAUCCCAAAAUCCAAAAUUUGGGUUGGAAGGGCCUCAAACCUCACCCAGAUCCACCCAGGUGGCUCCAACCCGGCCAUGGGAACUUCCAGGGAUCCAGGGGCAGCCACGGCUUCUCUGGGAAUUCCAUCCCAGCCCCUCCUCACCCUCCCAGCCAGG